GUUCUAGGUCCUCCACGUUUCCCUUGGCGUUGCCCCUCCUCUUCCUGGGCGAGGAAGACCCCUCCAAGGCGUCCCCUGUCUCAGGAGAAUGCCUAUCCUGGGUUUUUUUUCUUGGCCUGCUUUGUUCAAGGGGGGCGAGGGUGUUGGUUUACCCUGGCCAUCCCUUGAGGCCGAGAGAGUGUGACUGGCCCAGGGUGGGCUUCCUUCAGGGCCAGGAUUGGAACCCCGGUCUCUAGAGCCCAACCCAGAUUGCCAGCCUGGCUGUCUUCCCUCCUCCCCACGCCCCCUCCUUUACCCAGACUGCCCUGGAAAAGAAACAAGGGAGGGAGGGAGAGAGAGAAAGUGAAAAAGGAGCGAGGGAGGGAGUGAGGCGUGUUUGCUGCAGCAUCACGGGGAGGGCUGCUUUGGGGCCGCUACUGCCUUGUCCUCCUGCUCCUCCAUUUCCGAUGCCUUGGCGCUGUCCUUGGUGCUGAAAGGGAAGCAGCCUCCAUUUGGGGCCAGAAGCGACGCAGAGGACCCUGCCUUCUUCCUCCAUCAGGCGCGCUCCCGGGAUUGCGAGAGGCAAGGGGCGCGCAUCGGGAGCGCGCUAGGGGGGGUGGGCACGCGCGCACCUUCCUUCCUUUCUCUCCUCCUACUCCUUCUCUCCUUCUCCUUCUUCCUCUCUUCCUUGCGCCUCUCUCUCUCUCUCUCUCUCUCUCUCUUUCUCUCCUCUAUUCCCCCCUCAGUGUGAAUGUGAACGUGUGAAUGAGAAAAGGGCUGCAUGCGUGACAGGUUGGAUCGGACCCAAGGCUUCUUUUGGACCCCACUGAGAAGGAGGAGGGGGUGCCGACCCCAACGCCCUGCCACCCGAGGCCUGGGACCACUGCAGCCCAAAAGCCCCCUCCCCCCCUUUUUUUGAGCAUUUCCCUGCCUUCGGUCGCCUCCUGCAUCGCCUUUGGGCCCGAGAUGCCGAGGAUCUAAAGGGCUGAGCCCAGAAACAGGCCAAGGAGGAGCAGAAGGAAGGAGAGGAGAAGGAAAAGAAGAAAGAGAAGGAGACCCUUCUGGGGGGAAGAAGAAGAGGAAGAGGAGGCCGAGGGGCGACUGGUUUCGGUGGAUGCUCUCCUCCUCCUUUUCAUGGCAAUGCCCAAGAUCCGACAGAUUGCCCUCUUCCUGGCGCCUUGGCUCUGGGGGCUCCUCGCAAGGGUCGGCGCCAACGGCGUCCAAAUAGGGGGGCUCUUCCCCAGGGGAGCUGACCAGGAAUACAGUGCUUUUCGGGUAGGGUUGGUUCAGUUUUCCACUUCUGAUUUCCGACUAACGUCCCACAUCGACAAUCUGGAGGUGGCCAACAGUUUUGCUGUCACCAAUGCUUUUUGCUCCCAGUUUUCAAGAGGAGUCUUUGCUAUUUUUGGAUUUUAUGACAAGAAGUCUGUAAAUACUAUAACAUCAUUUUGUGGAACCCUUCAUGUAUCCUUCAUAACACCCAGUUUCCCAACAGAUGGAACACACCCUUUUGUCAUCCAGAUGAGGCCUGACCUCAAGGGAGCACUUCUGAGCUUGAUUGAAUAUUAUGACUGGAACAAGUUUGCCUAUCUUUAUGACAGUGACAGAGGUUUAUCAACGCUACAAGCUGUUCUGGAUACUGCAGCUGAAAAGAAAUGGCAAGUGACUGCUAUAAAUGUGGGGAAUAUUAACAAUGAUAGAAAAGAUGAAACAUACCGCUCAUUAUUUCAAGAUUUGGAGUUGAAAAAGGAAAGGCAAGUAAUUCUCGACUGUGAGCGGGAUAAAGUCAACGACAUUGUAGAACAGGUUAUUACAAUUGGCAAACAUGUAAAAGGAUACCACUACAUCAUUGCAAAUUUGGGAUUUAAUGAUGGAGAUUUAUCAAAAAUACAAUUCGGAGGAGCCAAUGUUUCAGGAUUUCAGAUAGUGGACUAUGACGACCCCUUGGUGACAAAAUUUAUACAGCGUUGGUCAACUCUGGAAGAAAAAGAAUAUCCAGGAGCACACACUAGUACGAUAAAGUAUACAUCAGCUCUAACCUAUGAUGCUGUCAAAGUGAUGGAUGCAGCUUUCCGGAAUCUGCGCAAACAGCGGGUUGAGAUUUCUAGAAGAGGAAAUGCUGGAGACUGCCUUGCAAACCCAGCAGUGCCCUGGUCUCAUGGUGUGGAAAUAGAAAGGGCAUUGAAGCAGGUUCAAGUAGAAGGAUUAACAGGAAACAUAAAGUUUGAUCAAAAUGGAAAGAGAAUUAACUAUACAAUAAAUGUCAUGGAACUCAAAAGUAUUGGUCCCCGGAAGAUUGGAUAUUGGAGUGAAGUAGAUAAAUUGGUUGUGAUUCCUACUGAUGGUCUCGCUGGGAACGACUCUUCUGGAUUAGAGAAUAAGACUAUUAUUGUCACUACUAUUAUGGAAUCUCCGUAUGUUAUGGCAAAGAAAAACAUUGAUUUGCUUGAAGGAAAUGAGCGCUAUGAGGGCUACUGUGUGGAUUUAGCUGCAGAAAUUGCCAAACACUGUGGGUUCAAAUACAAACUCACAAUUGUUGCUGAUGGCAAGUAUGGGGCCAGGGAUGCGGAAACAAAAAUCUGGAAUGGAAUGGUUGGCGAACUUGUUUAUGGGAAAGCUGAUAUUGCAAUUGCUCCAUUAACUAUAACACUGGUGAGAGAAGAAGUGAUUGACUUCUCAAAACCCUUUAUGAGCCUUGGGAUAUCUAUAAUGAUCAAGAAGCCUCAGAAGUCCAAGCCAGGAGUCUUUUCAUUUCUUGAUCCCUUAGCAUAUGAGAUCUGGAUGUGCAUUGUUUUUGCCUACAUUGGGGUCAGUGUUGUUUUAUUCCUGGUCAGCAGAUUUAGUCCAUACGAAUGGCACACUGAGGAGUUUGAAGAUGGAAGAGAAACGCAAAGUAACGAAUCAUCUAAUGAAUUUGGGAUAUUUAAUAGUCUCUGGUUUUCCUUGGGUGCCUUUAUGCAGCAAGGAUGCGAUAUUUCGCCAAGAUCCCUGUCUGGGCGCAUUGUUGGAGGUGUAUGGUGGUUCUUUACCCUGAUCAUAAUCUCAUCCUACACGGCUAACCUAGCUGCCUUCCUGACGGUAGAAAGGAUGGUAUCUCCCAUUGAAAGUGCUGAAGAUUUGUCUAAGCAAACAGAAAUUGCUUAUGGAACAUUAGAUUCUGGUUCAACAAAAGAAUUUUUUAGGAGAUCUAAAAUUCAAGUAUUUGAUAAAAUGUGGACCUACAUGAAAAGUGCAGAACCAUCUGUAUUUGUGAGGACUACAGCUGAAGGUGUAGCCCGUGUACGGAAAUCUAAAGGAAAAUAUGCAUACUUGCUGGAGUCCACCAUGAAUGAAUAUAUUGAACAAAGAAAACCCUGCGACACCAUGAAAGUUGGCGGCAAUUUGGAUUCCAAAGGAUAUGGAAUUGCAACACCUAAAGGAUCCUCAUUAAGAAAUGCGGUUAACCUCGCAGUACUAAAACUGAAUGAACAAGGCCUGUUGGACAAAUUGAAAAACAAAUGGUGGUACGACAAAGGAGAGUGCGGCAGCGGGGGAGGUGAUUCCAAGGAGAAAACCAGCGCCCUCAGUCUCAGCAACGUGGCUGGAGUCUUCUACAUUCUCGUCGGGGGACUUGGUUUGGCCAUGCUGGUGGCUUUGAUUGAGUUCUGUUACAAGUCCAGAGCCGAGGCGAAGCGCAUGAAGGUGGCAAAGAAUGCACAGAAUAUUAAUCCAACUUCCUCGCAGAAUUCACAGAAUUUUGCAACUUAUAAGGAAGGUUACAACGUAUAUGGAAUCGAAAGUGUUAAAAUUUAGGGGAUGAUCUUGAAUGAUGCCAUGAGGAACAAGGCGGGGCUGUCAAUUACAGAAAGUACUGGAGAAAAUGGAUGUGUUAUGACUCCAGAAUUUCCAAACGCAGUGCAUGCAGUACCUUACGUGAGUCCUGGCAUGGGAAUGAAUGUCAGUGUGACUGAUCUCUUGUGAUUGAUAAGAACCUUUUGAGUGCCUUACACAAUGGUUUUCUUGUGCGUUAAUUGUCCAAGUGGUGAGAGGCAUCCAGUAUCUUGAAGACUUUUCUGUCAGCCAAGAAUUCUUAUAUUUGUGGAGUUCAUCUUGAAUAGUUAAUGAAUGCUUAGUACAAAACCCCCCACAAACAUCAUUUUCUACACCAGUUCAAGAGGAGGUUCAACUGACAUGCACAGCUAACAUGGAAGUACUGUAUUCUAACUGAAGUCGUUGUACAGACAACACACCAGUUUCUGCAGUCGCCGUUGUCAGUUCUCUGGUUCAUACUGACUUAAGCACACUUGACAUCAAUUGCAUCAAGAUGUGACAUGUUUUAUAAGAAACAAAACAUUUAAAAUGGAAAAAAAAUAUUUUUAGGUAUUUUCACAAACAAACUGGCUUUUAAAUAAAUUCGCUUCCAUAAUGGUUGAUGAAACACGAAUUUAAACUGCAGGAAAAUGGAGAUUUAACAACAGCAACGAAAUUUAGACAUUAGUUUCAUGUUUUUCAAAGCCAAAUAUGUAAAUGCUGGGGAGGAAAUUAAGAAAUAAAAGUUUAAAAAAAAUCUUGUAAUUUAAUAUUGUUCUUAAAAAUUUACUUAAUCUCCUAUUCUUUAACAUUUGGUGUUAAUAUCAAAUUGUUUGGCAAAGCUUGACAUUUGAAAUAAACUUUUUUCUAUGUUUUUAUUUUCAAGUGGUCCAGUUAAUUUUGCUAGCCACAGUUUGGUUAUAAGUUAUAUAAAAUGUAAAAGGACACUGUCAAGGUUGUUGGGGGAAAAACCCUGUUACUCUUAGUAUCCUUCAUAAAAUUGUUAUGUUUCAUUCGGACCCUGCAUAGAGCUUUUAUUGUUGUUUAAAUUUUCAGUUUAAGCUUCUUGAUAUGUUUCCAUGCAAUGGGCAAUUGCUUUCUGCACUUUAUAUCACCCUGGAAAGCUGGUGUACUUCCAUUUCCUUAUACACACAAUGAUCACCUCCAUCCUUUUUUAAGAUUCUUAGAAUGUGGGAAAUAGUUUUCUCCACUGGGGAUCAUGCAAACUGUGUGUUUAAAAUGUUCUUUUUCAAAGAUAUAAAAUAAGCUUUCAAGAAUUUGGGGAUGUUCUGCACUGAAGGUAAAUGUAUGAAAUUUAGAUAAAUAAUGUAUCAGAUCUGAUUUACUUUUCUUAUCAUAGACCUCCCUGAACAUAAUAAUAAUGCAUUUUUGAGUAAUAUCCAAUUCUGACUUUUGGUUUCUAUAUUUAAAAGAAGUUUUAAGAAGAGAGCAAUUUAAAGCUCCUGGAAUCAGGUGACAGAUCCUAGUUUCAGGGGGGAAAACCUUGACAAUGUUCCUCUAUGUUAAUUUUCAUAAUCUUGAGUUUUGAAAUACAAUUACUGUAUUUGUAACAAUAAAUGGAUUUAAAUGAGUCAUAUUUACAGUGAGUGCUUUUCUAGUAUUGUAAACGAGCCCACCUUUUCAUUAGAACAGUGUCAGGUACACAGAUCUACUAGCAAAGGAAAUAUUAUUCCAUAUGAGUGGUGCUGCUACUUUCCUGAAAACGCAAAAAGGCAUUCUAUUAUAAUAAUUUCUAUUACUUCAGCCUUCUGUUAGAGACUAAAUGGUGCAAAUGUGACUAAAAGAUCAUUUCCUUUCUCUGGGUUUUCCUCAGCCUUUGUGCUCGUCUCUUAGUAACAUUAUUAAGAGAAAUGCUACACUGUAAAUUUAUUGCAGAUUUUAAAUUUCUUCAUUUGGGGUAUGGGCUUAUGUAGGUUUCAUCUUUCACACUCAUGCGCACAGAACUCGAUAGUUGUGUGGAAAAAAUCUUUAUGCCAACUUCUUAUGUCAUUGUACCUUCUGAUAGGAAACCUCCCAUUUCUCAGGAGUAUGUCAGUAUUAUCUAUUGUUACCCUUUAAUGACUAAUCAGCAAAAUGAGGGCAAUUGACCACACUAGAUAUGACUACUGUUCAGUCCUUCAGUGGCCAAAUAUGGAAAUAUUUGUAUUGCACUCCCGGCCAAUUUUUAUUUGACAGAAAGGAUCAUUUCAGUCUUGCAUACUGUGGAAGUUUAUUUGAUUGUACCUCUGGGCCUACUUCUCUUAAAAGUAUAGUGUACAAAUAUUCCUUUGUCAAGCUUGAACUUGUGUAUAUAAAGGAAAUAAUGUAAAGUUAUAUUUUCAUGUUUUUAUACUUAUCAACAUGAUGAGGAUACAUAAUGUAUGGGUAUUUCAAUGAUGAAUAAUAUCAAUUGGGUAAAUCCACAUCUCAUUUUUAAAACAAGGUAAACAUAAUUUAAUAUCCAUGUUAUGGUACACCAGUAUAUUGCUAUAUAAAAUAUUCUGUGUGCAUUUAGGUGGAACAAAAUAGUGAAGAAAGAUGACAACUGUCUAAAGGUUUUUAAAAUUCAUUUUAUAGAAAACUGUUAUGGAACAACCAAAAUGUUUAUGAACUAAUUCUUGUGUAAAUUUCAAAAUGUUCUUUACUGUACUUUUGUUUACACAGUAUGGUAUCUUUAUUUCUGCUUUGUUAAGUGGGUAUCAGUACAAAGCUGGUCAUACACUUUUAAAGGCUUUUAAAGCUGGGUUCAUUUCCAGAUUUUCAUGUGUACUUAUAUAAAAGAAAAUGCUUCUGAUUUUAUUUUUGAAUUUAACACAUGAUGGCUUUUUGAAGUGUUGUACAAACUUCAAUCAUACAUAAAAAUUGUUCUUUUUUAAAAGA